CUGCGCUGCGCGUCUUCCGGGGCCGCAUUGCCAUGGCGGCCCGGGCUGGCGUCGCCCCCGCCGGCGACGGGCUGCGCUACGCCGAGUACUUGCCGCCCUCGGCCCAACGGCGGGACGCCGAGAUCGACCACGAGAGGUUGGCAAGAGGUUUGAUAGCUGUAGGAUUGGGCGUUGCAGCUGCUGCAUUUGCAGGUCGCUACGCAUUUCAGAUCUGGAAACCUUUAGAACAAGUAUUCACAGAAACAGCAAGGAAGAUUUCAACUCCGAGCUUUUCAUCCUACUAUAAAGGAGGAUUUGAGCAGAAAAUGAGCAGGCGAGAAGCUAGUCUUAUUUUGGGUAUAAGCCCAUCUGCCAGUAAGGCCAAGAUUAAAACAGCUCAUAGGAGAAUCAUGAUUUUGAAUCACCCAGAUAAAGGGGGAUCACCUUACCUAGCCACUAAAAUAAACGAAGCAAAAGACUUGCUAGAAUCAACCACCAAGCACUGACUGAUGUUGAAGAGUUGAACUAAAGGAAGCAAAAGGGGAUACUUGAAGGAAAAAAAUAUCCUGCACAGUCUGAAAUACUGAUGUUGACCACAAUCUUUCAGCAUUGAGCAACACAGCAAUAAAAAGCGUUAUUACCUUUCAAAAGAACCUCUCUAAAAUCCUGUAAGAUUUUUGUUGUAUCACUUCUAAGUCCACAUGCAGAAGUGGGCAGACAGAAUGACCGCCAGAAACACAAAUGAAAUUUUUAGUCGAAAUUUUACUAUUUAGGUUUGUACCCUCAUUUCCCCUUAUUUCCUCAGAGAAGUUUGGAACUUUGCCUACAUCAGGUACUUAAAUGUUUUUGAGAGCAAAUACUUGCUGCCACCUCAUAGGAUAAUUAUUUGAAAGGGUGGAAUUUACUAAAGGGUAUUUUGUACAGUAGUUGUUAGGACUUGCAAUAGAAUGCUGCUCUCCAAGACCCUGUAACAGAAGCACAAGGGCUUGGAGAGGCACUGAAAUGACGAAAGAUGGACAAAAUGAGCUCUGAGCAAAAGGAGUGGGAAGAAGCUAUAACCACAGUGUUCCAGCACUGUAUAUAUUUGUUAUUCCACCCAUGAUGCAUAAUGCACCAGGAGUCCUUAGAAUUAAAACUAGGAGCCAAUCAUGGAUCCUGACCCAAAGAUCUUA